GGCGCAGGCGUGCGGCGGGCAGCCCGCACGGCGCAGGGCCCGGGUCCUGCGUGUGGCGGCGGCGCUCGGCCCGGCCCGGCUCGGCUCGGCCCGAGAUGGCGACCAAGAACUUCCGCGUGAGCGACGGCGACUGGAUCUGCCCCGACAAGAAGUGCGGGAACGUGAACUUCGCCAGGAGGACGAGCUGUAACAGAUGCGGCAGAGAGAAGACGACGGAGGCCAAGAUGAUGAAGGCGGGGGGGACGGAGAUCGGGAAGACGCUGGCCGAGAAGAGCCGGGGGCUGUUCAGCGCCAACGACUGGCAGUGCAAAACCUGUGGCAAUGUGAACUGGGCGCGGCGCUCGGAGUGUAACAUGUGCAACACCCCCAAGUACGCCAAGCUGGAGGAGAGGACAGGCUAUGGAGGAGGAUUCAAUGAGCGGGAGAACGUGGAAUACAUAGAGCGGGAGGAGUCCGACGGGGAGUAUGAUGAGUUUGGGCGCAAAAAGAAAAAGUACCGGGGGAAGCCGGUGGGUCCUGCCUCCAUCCUGAAGGAAGUGGAAGAUAAGGAGUCUGAGGGGGAGGAUGAGGAGGAUGAGGAUGAAGAUCUCUCCAAGUAUAAAUUGGAUGAGGAUGAGGAUGAAGAUGAUGCUGACCUGUCCAAGUACAACCUGGAUGCCAGUGAGGAGGAGGACACCAACAAGAAGAAGAAGCCGCCGAGGCGCAGCCGCUCCAAGUCCCACUCCUCCCACUCGCGCUCGUCCUCGCGCUCAUCCUCUCACUCGAGCUCAAGGUCUAGGUCCAGGUCCCAUUCCAGGAGUUCUUCCAGUUCCAGAUCGAGAUCCCGCUCCAGCUCCAGGGAGCAGUCCCGGUCCCGUGGGUCCAAAUCCAGAUCCAGCUCCAGGUCCUACAGGGGGUCUUCCACCCCAAGGAAAAGAUCUUGCUCCAGCUCUCGCUCCUCGUCUUCCCCCGAGAGAGGCAAGAAGCGAAGCCGCUCUAGAUCCUCUUCCUCUGGUGAUCGCAAAAAAAGGCGCUCGAGAUCACGGUCACCCGAAAGACGCCGCAGAUCUUCCUCCGGAUCCUCCCAUUCUGGUUCCCGUACGAGUUCUAAAAAGAAAUAAUGUGUAAAAGCUCACACUUACAAAAACCCACCAAAAUUCCAGUCAGUGCAUGAGACAUUUUUAAGAAGUUGGUGUCUUACUUGGUCAGAAGUGCUCAAUCUGCUAGUAGAGGUGCAUGUCUGUCCUGGCUUUCUGGCAAACUGCAGCUUUGUUCAUCCAUCACCCAAACCCGCAGCAGCAUUUUAAGCCAUAAACUCCCCGGCACAGGGGGAAGUUCUGUGGUGUGGGGGGGGUUUCAUUAUUUUUCAAGAUCAGUUCCUCCAUUCCUGGCUCCCUCAGCUGGAGGAGCAGGUUGGGAAUGUCCUGGCACAGCUCUCUGUGCGAGGAGGAAGCCGUGAGUUUUCCAGAGCAGGAUGGAGCUCCCAUGGGACCACAGCAGGGGCAGGGCUGGGGGCACCUGGGGCCAGCAGUGGGGCCUUGGGCUGAGCAGUUUUUGUUUUGCCACGUAGCAGUGCCAGUGCAGAUGGACACCCCUCUUUAGCAGCUCAACCCCCCAGUCCAUCAUGAUUCCAGAGGGAAUUAGCCUCAUUCCUGGCGAGGGAGGACGUUUGCAGCCAGCACAGUGCUGUGGCUGUGGUGGUUUCCAGAGCCCGGACUCCAGGAUCCCUCCUUCCAAAGGGAUCGGUUGGGAUCUGCUCUUGGGCUGGAGGAGUAUGGAACUGGCUCCUUGGAAUCAAGGGAAGCUUCUGCAGGCCGCCUGUAAAAUUUCCUUUGGGGCUGACUAAAAUUUUCAAGGUAUCUUAAUUUUAUUUUUCUUUAAAAAAUGAGAAUGAAUAAACUGUGUAGAAAGUUCUGGCAUCUUCAACGUCUUCUUCAUCGAUCUUUUUUUUUCCCUUCAACAUAAUUUAUGGCUUAAAAUGCUUUAUGGAUUCCAUUUGAGUAUAAAACUCGGUCUCUCUUGAGCUCCGUUUGGUUAAGAAAGGUUUAAGUUUCUUCAGUGCCAUCACAAGGUAAGUAUGGUAAGGAAAACUCUUCUUCUUAAGCAAGCAAAGAGCAAUAUACCUUCAUUUAUUUCAGUAAUAAAACUGCCAGAUUUGCUGCUUGUUUUGAUAAACUGCACAGAAACAAACGGAGCAAAAUCGAAAAACUCCAUUCUGCUUUUUUUUUCUCUUUUUUUUCUCUUUUUUUUUUUUUGAGCCAUGUCUUUUGGACUGGUCUAGAAGCAAAAUGUUUUUGAUGUAGAGGUAUUUUGAUAAAUCUUUGCAGAAAAAAUGCAGUUUCCUCUUUAAUGCUUUCUUUUCUCUCUAAUUUCCAUGCUAAGUGUGUGUAGGUUGCACAAGAGCAGGUUAGUCUGUAACUGUGCCUCUGACUUCAAUGUCCAACUAAACUGUAAAACCAGAUCAAGUAGACGCUCUGUUGUUAGCCUUGGGUUUUCUUGUGCUUUGUAUUCCAAUUGUUGCUGUACUUAACAGAUGGGAGGUUUGAAAUUUAGCAACUGAUAGGCCACAGGCAAAGGAGGAGGAGGAUGGUUCAUUUGGCUUAGAGAACGUGUAAGGCAAAAUGAUGCUGUAGACAAGUGUAAAUAAAACCUGUGAGUCAACUGUG